AUGACAAGUUACAGCAACGGAGGAUUGUUCAACCCUGCCUACCAUGACAGCGAGACUCUGGAAAGUGAUAGAAGGUCGUCCAGCAAAAGCCACCCUCACACUAACCCCUACGCUCGGGGUGAGAGGGCAGACACACAUUACGCGACUGGUCAGAACAGCGGCGAUGAUGCUGUGGGGAGAGUGCCCUGGGGGGGCUGGCAGGAGGAGAGCUGGAGGGGCAGAGAAAGCAUCCCCAUGGGCCUCAUCUCAACGCGCCCCGGGAGUCCUCCAUGGCAGCAUGACCUCAACCAUAGUACCUUCCAAAUCCCACCUGACUCUCAGUAUGACCGAUCACCUUCCGUCCGCCUUCCUCCUGCCACCUCAGGCAACAUGACAAUGAGAUGGAGGGGAAUGACAAUGAGAAGGAUGAGCAUGUUUCCUAACGGGGAUCCCAACCAUGUAGCCUUCACUGAGGAUGCGAUAAGGAACGAGAUGGAGAAUGAGGAACAGAACCUGGUCAAAGAGCUCGUUGCCAUGUCAACACGAGACCGAAUUCGGGCCAUCCGGGACCUUCCGGUGAGCUUUGACGAGAAGAAACACAUCAGGAGCCAAGUGCUGGCGUUCAAGUCUUCCAAGAAAUCUCGGCAGUUCACAUGCUUUGCAGAUUGCUCUGAGAACAUGUCACUGUCUUUCCGCAGGUGCGGCUACAGUAUAAGGUCAGCCAGGCAGACCCUGCAGCUGUGGCAAGGCAUCAUGAAAGAGAUUGGUGGCACGUUUGGCACCAGCGUCCUUUCAUACUUCGUGUUCCUCAAGUGGCUGCUCAUGUUCAAUAUUUUCUCCUUCCUGGUCAACUUUGGCUUCAUCACUAUCCCGCUGCUCGUUUACGACCCCUCGCCCAACAUACCUCCGAAUGUGAGCUUCAGAGGACUGGAGAUACUGACUGGAGCUGGUUACUUCAACAACACCGUCAUGUACUACGGUGGCUACAGCAAUGAAACCCUGGUGGGUCUGGUGGAGUACAACAUGCAGUUGGCCUAUUUCUUCACUAUUGCAGUCUACAUGGUUCUGUGUGGAAUUGCACUUAUCUUCAGCAUGGCCAGCUCAUUCAGGACAAACUAUGUACUAGCAGACACAUCUUCAAACAGUGCCUGGCAGCUUCUGUGCAGCUGGGAUUUUAAUAUUACCAACGAGAGAGCAGUGAGACAGCAUAAGAACAAUCUACGUGUCCAACUCAAGGAGUCUUUGUCAGAGAAGGCCCAGAGGGAGCUACUGACCCUUUCUAAAAAGCUGAAGCACUUCGGGGUUUAUCUGGGUUCCUGGCUCCUCUCCACCGGCUUGGCUGUCGGCUGUGGAGGUAGCAUCUAUUAUCUCUGCCAAUACGAACAGCAGCGGGCAACAGAUGCUGCCAACUGGUCUCUGCUUCAGGAGGCAGAGACUCUCCUGGUUCCCUUUGUGGUGUCUCUGAUGAACCUGGUCAUCCCGCUCUUCUACUCCCUCUUCAACAAGUUUGAGCCCUACUCCAGCCAGCGCAGACAGAUCUACGCUCUGGUAGUCAGAAAUGUCUUACUCAAGAUGUCAAUUCUGGCUGUCUUGUGUUAUUACUGGAUGAAUGUGGUGGCUAUCAAGUUUUCGUGUUGGGAGUCCAUGGUGGGACAGGCUCUGUACCGUCUGGUCAUUGUUGAUUUCCUUUUUCUAAUGUUGGGAUCCUUCUUUGGAGAGUUUCUUAGCAAUGUAAUUGGGAGGAGAUUACUACCACGUCUGGGGGUUCCAGAGUUUGACGUAGCCAGAAAUGUCCUCGAAAUCAUCUACGCACAGACUCUGGCCUGGAUUGGUAUCUACUUCUCUCCUCUGCUGCCUGCCAUCCAGAUCCUCAAAUUUUUCAUUCUGUUUUACUUAAAGAAGGUCAGCCUGACCCAGAACUGUCAGCCUCCGCGGCGGUCAGGCAGAGCGGCUCAGAUGCAAACCAUCUUCAUCGCCCUCCUCUUCUUCCCUUUCUUUGUGGGAGCCCUCUCCAUGGUUGCAUACACCGCCUGGAGUCUGACUCCCUCAGAGCACUGUGGUCCUUUUCGAGGACUCACCAACACCUUCAGUGUGGUUGGAGUGUGGAUGGAGUAUCUGGAGAAGAUCCCUGGUUCUCAAUGGGCCGUCUGGAUCUACCAAAAUGUCAUCCGAAGUGAAAUUUUCUACUUUCUUAUCUCACUCAUCAUCAUAGUCACUAUAUACAUCUUCUGGCAAGUUACACAGGGCCGCAAGCACCUUAUUGGUCUACUGAGAAAGCAGAUUGUUAAUGAAGGCAAAGACAAGUCCUUCUUGUUAGACAAGCUCCAGAACCUGCAGAAAUCCAAACCUGACCAGAAAUCCAAACAGAAGAAUCAUAAAAAGCACUCCUCGGGCGGUCAGUCCAACUCAAACGCCAUGUUUCAGGCGUUACUUGCUCGCCAGCAGCUUGAAGAGGAGGAGGAGAGACGCGGCGUUGGCGGAGUGCCCGACAUCUCCACCUCCAGCGCCCUCGCGCAGGCCGUGCAGGCCAGGCAGAGGGCCGAGGGUCAAGAGAGGGAUGAGUACUACAGAACAGGUUUUUCUGAAAACCCUGUCAACACAUCCAGCGCUCUCACACAGGCGAUGCAAGCCAGACGAAGAGUGGAGGAGGACGGAGCAGAUGAUGCACAAGACCUGCCAUCUUCUGUGUCAAGUGUUAUGAUGCAAGUCAUGCAAGCCAGGCAGAGAGCAGAGGAAGUGGACAGGUCUCAUCGGGUCCCGGCUCACCCACAAAACCUAGCUCCCGCGGGCUCCAGCGCGCUCAUACAGGCCAUGUUGGCAAGGCAGCAGGCCCAGAAUGAGUACGAUGACGGGUACUGAGCAAAGGGGCCUGACUUUAUUUUACCGUGGGACAGAACAGAACAGAACAGAACAACAGACUGAAAUCACACUUAUGAUCGGUGUUGUCACCCGUAGAACUAGCAUCGGUUUUAAAUCCAUGAUUGAGGUGAUUUCUCCAGAAUUGCAAUAUAUUUAGAAUAAUAUAUUUAGAAGUAGGAAGAUAGCUACUGUAGCAGGGCCAGAAGAGAACCCAUGCCCACCUCUUUAUGCACUUUUUUUGUACCAAUAUAUUUUAAUAUGUUUCUACAACAGUAUAUAUGCCUUGUAAGAUAAAUAAGCACUAUAAUAUAUUUACACUAGGCCUGAUCUUGUGCCAUUUAUGUUAUUUCUGUAUAAUACUCACCACUUGUUAAUACUGUAUAAUAUGAAGAUAUAA